AUGAGCUUCAAAGAGGUUCCUAUCCCGGGACCCAAGGGGGUCCCACUUUUGGGUAACAUCUAUGAUAUCGACGCAGAACUGCCAAUCAAGAGCAUUGACCUCAUGGCUGAUACUUAUGGCCCGAUCUAUCGACUCACCACCUUCGGCUCCCCGCGUGUCUUCAUUAGUUCCCACGAACUAGUAAACGAAGUCUGCGACGAAGAACGAUUCACAAAGAAAGUUUCCGGCGGACUGAAAGAAAUUCGGAAUGGCACUCACGACGGCCUUUUCACUGCCGAGGUCCCAGGCGAAGAUAAUAACUGGGGCGUCGCGCAUCGAGUCCUAGUCCCUGCAUUUGGACCACUGGCAAUCCGCGGCAUGUUUGAUGAGAUGUACGAUAUCGCGAGCCAGCUCGUAAUGAAAUGGGCUCGACAAGGCCCCAAUGCCGCGAUUACGGUCACUGAUGACUUCACCCGUUUGACUCUGGAUACCAUUGCACUUUGUGCUAUGGGAACGCGAUUCAACUCAUUCUACCGUGACGAGAUGCAUCCGUUUGUCGAGGCCAUGGUGGGCUUGCUUGCUGGAUCGGGGACACGGGCUCGUCGUCCGGCUCUUAUCAACAACCUGCCCACGAGCGAGAACACAAAAUAUUGGGCUGAUGUGGAAUAUCUGCGAAACCUCUCGCAGGAGCUCGUGAACGAGCGCAAAAGAAAUCCUGAAGACAAGAAGGAUCUUCUAAAUGCGAUGAUUCUAGGUCGGGACCCUCAGAGCGGGAAGGGUCUGACGGACGACUCGAUUGUCGACAAUAUGAUUACAUUCCUGAUUGCUGGUCAUGAAACCACUUCCGGCAUGCUCUCAUUUUUGUUCUAUUAUUUACUCAAAACACCACAUGCUUACAAAAAAGCCCAAGAAGAGGUUGACCAAAUCAUCGGGAAGCGCAAGAUCACAGUGGACGAUAUGGCCAAGCUCCCCUAUAUCACGGCUGUCAUGCGCGAGACUCUCCGACUCAAGCCGACCGCGCCACUCAUCGCCUUACACCCCCACCCGGUCAAGAAUAAAGAGGAACCAGUCAAACUCGGCGGGAAGUAUGUCCUAAACAAAGAUGAACCCAUUGUCAUGAUGAUCGGAAAGAUGCAACGCGACCCGAAAGUGUGGGGCCCUGAUGCGGAAGACUUCCGACCAGAAAGAAUGCUGGAUGAACAUUUCAACAAACUGCCCAAGAAUGCAUGGAAGCCGUUUGGAAAUGGCAUGCGCGGCUGUAUCGGACGGCCGUUUGCAUGGCAAGAAGCCUUGCUCGUUGUGGCGAUCUUGUUGCAAAACUUCAAUUUCCAGAUGGCCAAUCCUAGCUACGAUCUUCGCAUCAAGCAGACUCUUACUAUCAAGCCUAAGGAUUUUGAGAUUAAAGCUUCGUUGCGCAAUGGGCUUGAUCCGACGCAUCUUAGUAUGACGUUGAGUGGUACUCUUGAAGUGAAGGCGUCCGAUACUGGGGAUCGCGAGAGAAAGCACAAACCCGUUGUGGCUGGCAAACUUAAGCCUAUGCAUAUCUUCUAUGGAAGUAACACGGGUACUUGUGAAGCGUUUGCGCGCAGAUUGGCCGAUGAUGCUCAGGAGUAUGGCUUCUCGGCAUCGACUGCUUCUUUGGACUCUGCCAUGCAGAACAUACCGAAGAAUGACCCUGUCGUGUUCAUUACGGCCUCCUACGAAGGACAGCCGCCUGAUAAUGCAAGUCACUUUUUUGAGUGGUUAAGUGAACUCAAGGGUAGUAGUUUGGAAGAUGUCAAUUAUGCAGUCUUUGGCUGUGGUCAUCAUGACUGGGCUGCUACAUUCCACCGGAUCCCAAAGGCAGUGAAUGAGCUGAUUCUGGAAAAUGGAGGAAGCAGACUUUGUGACAUCGGACUUGCCGACGCCGCUAAUUCCGACAUGUUCACCGAUUUCGAUGGCUGGGGAGAGACGGCAUUCUGGCCAUCCAUCACAGCGAAGUUUGGAGGAGGACAAGACAAAGCUGUCAAACCGAAAUCCUCCUUGCAAGUAGAGGUGUCAUCGGGAAUGCGCGCCUCAACCCUAGGCCUCCAGUUACAGGAAGGUUUCGUGGUGGAAAACCAACUCUUGACCCAGCCCGGUGUGCCUGAGAAGAGACUGGUCAAGUUCAAGCUCCCAACCGACAUGACCUACAAAUGUGGUGACUACCUAGCCAUUCUCCCUGUGAACCCAACGCCAGUCGUCCGGCGAGCAAUCCGGCGCUUCGAUCUCCCCUGGGACGCCAUGCUCCGCAUCCAAAAGCCAUCAAAGAGCACAGCUCCACCAUCCAUCCCCCUGGACACACCAAUCUCAGCAUUCGACCUCCUCUCAACAUACGUCGAGCUCUCUCAGCCCGCAUCAAAACGCGACCUGAACCUCCUCGCCGACGCCGCCGUCGAAUGCGCCGAAACCCAAGCCGAACUCCGCUACAUCGCCUCAAGCCCCAGCCACUUUACUUCGGGCAUCGUCCAAAAGCGAGUCAGUCCCUUGGAUCUAAUGAUGCGCUACCCAGCCAUCAAGCUUCCAAUCGGCGAUUUCCUCGCCAUGCUUCCACCCAUGCGCGUACGCCAAUACUCCAUCUCCUCCUCCCCACUCAUUUCCCCUGAAGAAUGCACAAUCACCUUCUCUGUCCUCAACGCCCCUGCACUCUCGGCCACAUCCGAUGGUGAAACAGCACAAUACAUGGGCGUUGCAUCCAACUAUUUAUCUGAACUCCAAGCCGGUGAACGGGCACAUAUCUCCGUUCGUCCGUCUCACUCGGGUUUCAAACCUCCAGCUGAUCUUCAAACGCCAAUGAUCAUGGCCUGUGCGGGUACGGGUCUCGCGCCAUUCCGCGGCUUUGUUAUGGAUCGCGCCGAACGAAUCCGUGGAAGAUGCUCACACUCUGAUGGCUUGAGCGAGAAACCCGCCAAGGCAAUUCUAUACGCCGGCUGUCGGACCAAAGGUCAAGACGAUAUCCAUGCUGCCGAGCUAGAGGAAUGGGCGAAGAUCGGCGCUGUUGAUAUUCGUUGGGCAUAUAGUCGUCCAUCGGAUGGAUCCAGUGGUCAGCAUGUCCAGGAUUUGAUGCGAGGGGAUAGUGAAGAGCUUUGUGAGUUAUUUGAGCAGGGUGCGAAUAUUUACGUUUGUGGUAGUACUGGGGUUGGGGGUGCUGUUAGGGAUAUUUGUAAGGAGAUCUUCGUGGAGAAGCGUCGAGAGAAAAUUGCUCGAGCUAAAGAAGCUGGGGAGGAGCUUUCAGCGGAUACUGAACUUGAUGAUGAUGCAGCGGCUGAGAAGUUCUUUGAUCGGUUGCGAGGGAAGGAGAGGUAUGCAACUGAUGUUUUCACAUGA